UCCAAACGCAAGACCGACUGAGGAAAGAACGAAAACUACGAUGCGUCAAUGAACAUAAAAAACGGGAGGAAAACAGUGCGGGGUCGAGGAUGUGACGGGAUGAAUGAUCACAGCCGCGCGUCUGGGAAGAACAGGAUGAGGUGGCGCGCGUUGCCAAGAUCAACAGUAAACAAACUCCCUUGGUGGCUCGACGGCUCUGGAACUGUACCCAAUCCAUCGACCGGCGGCUCGCUUGACACAGGGAAGGGGGUGGACUUCUAGUAAUGUUCACGUGGAGUCAGUCUUGGAGGAUCAUGAAAGUGGAGAGGGAAGCCGCGCGUGACCGUCCCCAUCCAUCGUAAGGCAACGCUAAUGACUUGUGGUGGUCUGACGGCUGGCGAGCAUGAGGAUGUGGAUGAUGUGGCGGAUAGUGGCUUAGUGGCGACUCUGGCGGGGACUCUGACGGGCACUUUCUCCGCUGCUGUGACCCCUGCGUCCGAUUUCCCAGUGACGAUCAAAGACAAUGGCUACAGGAAUGUUUUAAUAGCAAUAUCCAGUGCUGUAGGCGAAGACGAGGCUGGUGACACGCUGAUAGAAGGCAUUAAGAAGGCGAUGACGGAGCUGUCGAAGGCUAUGAAACGAGCCACCAGGGAGAGGCUGUAUCUGGCUGAGGUCACCAUUCUCCUUCCGAAGACCUGGUCGGGCGCUGACGGGUACCAGGAGGCCACCCUUGAGAAGUACGAGGACAGCCUGAUUCGCGUGCUGCCCCCUAACCCAGUGUACGGCGAGCAGCCCUACACUGUGCAGCCUGGACAGUGUGGCGAGCCUGGGCUUUAUAUGCACCUGACCUCCCGCUAUCUCAUAAACGAUGAUGUGGCCUGCAGGUGGGGCGACAGAGGUAAGGCGCUGAUGAAGGAGUGGACACGACUGCGGUGGGGCGCGUUUGAUGAGUCAGGUUACAAGGAUGACUCCAUCUUCCCCCUCUACUACCCACAUGCCAGCGGCGAGGAGGAGCCACAUCUGGUUCCCAACGUGUGCUCCGAUGAACCUGUUAUUGGGAAGUAUAAGAAGCCAUCUAGCGGGGCGGAGUGUAAGCUGAAGGAGGAUAAGGAGUGUCGAUUUGUGCCUAACUAUUUGCAGAACGCCUCCUCCUCCCUUAUGAGCAACCACCACCUUUCCACCGUGCACGAGUUUUGUGACGCUGACGGAAAGACCCACAACAGCCGCGCCCCCACGCGUCACAACCUGCUGUGUGGGGGACAGUCAGUGUGGGAAGUCAUAAGCAAACACCCGGACUUGGAGGAAAACUCUAAGGAAAUAGAGCAAGGGUCGUCCGUGGAGCUUCGUUUUACUGUAGUGCGCGAGGUGCCCACCAAGUACAUGAUGGCGCUGGAGACGACGUCCGCGGUGAAAGGGAAGGAAGCCCUGAACGACAAACUGAAGGAGAGGUUGACGAAGUGGCUGAGAGAUGGCGUGUCUGACGAGAGCUUCGUGGGACUUGUGGAGUUCGGGAGCAUCACUGUGAAGACGCCCCUGAAGUUAGCAGGCAGUGGAUCAACCCGCUUAGAUCUCAUUGACAAGAUAUCAGAUCUAAAGUCACUGGAGGGUCCUCCUUGCUACGGGUGUGUUCUGAGCGCCGUGCUGCAGCUGCUGGGGGGGAAGGCGAACAACUCAGUCAUCCUGUUGGUGGCGAGCGGCGAGGAGCCCUUCACGGAAUCCUGGGAAAGCAUCUUCCUGAACAUGGUGAAGGGACACAAUAUUCGCGUCCACAUACUGCUGCUGUCGGAGGAAGGCAAGGGCGUUGCCAAGCUGAAGGAGCUGAACGAAGCAACCACCGGCAGGAUGUUCCCCGUGAAGCAAAGUGAAGAGGACGAAGCUGUGAGGGAAUUCAUCGAAGAAGCUCAGCGUGCAGAAUCCUCGAGCUUCAAAAGGGAGAAGAUAAUGAUACAAGAGUCAACGUUCAAGGGGAAAACAAAGCAUCUGAACAGGAGCUUUGGCGUGGACGACAGCGUAAGCGAGAGCAUCAGCUUCAUGCUCACCACAGACAGGUCGCAACACGUCACUCGCUGGCCCUUCCUCGUCACUCCCGCAGGAAAUAAGAUCACCACGGAGACAAACGGGAAACGCACGCAGUUCUCCGUCAUCGUGACCAACCCUGAGGUCGGGCUGUGGCGUUGGGAGGUGGUGGUGUCGGGUUCAGAUCUGUACAGCAUCAACGUGACAGUCUCCGCGCCACGCACCACAACGGCGGCUCCUCUGGCAGCGGAGGCGUGGAUGAACGCGAAGAGCGGUGACACUUUCGAUGCCUCAGCCAAGCAGCUCCACCUGUACACACGCAUCAGGAGGCAGGAGUCACCGGUCACAGGCGCCUCCGUCAGGGCCUUGGUGAGCCAGGGGAGACCCACCGCCGCCCCGCGAGAGAUGCAGCUGCUGGAUGUGGGCGCCGGGGCAGACACUCUAGCUGGUGACGGAAUUUACUCCCGCUCCGUGACCUUCACUGAGGAGGACGUGUACUUCUUUAAGAUUGAGGUCUCAGACAACAACUCUUCGUACUACAAAAAGGACUCCUUCCAGCACACUUCCUUGCAGGACAUCCGCUACCCGACCCUUGCUAGUUGCCCCGAUGCGCCGUCAGGAGAUCCGUCCACUCUCUGCUGCGGGAGUGUCGUGCCCUCCGACCCACAGCAGGAGAAGCAGACGCGGUUAUUUAACCGCAUCAUCAAUCUGGGUUCCUUGAAGAUCACCGGGGUCAGCAGCUCCCAGCCCGCCCUCCCUCCUUCUCAAAUAAGGGACCUGAAGGUGAAGAGGGCGUGGAUCAAUCGUCUCUCCCUCUCCUGGACCGCGCCGGGUGGGGAAGGCGACAGAGGCAACGUGACAAGUUACGAGUUUCUCCUGGCGACGAGGGACGAGGACUUCCCUAAGACUCGCGAGGCAGAUGGCAACCCACUCAUCCUUCUCACUCACUGGGUGGACGAGGACCUGGAUCUGGAAUUUGGACAGAAUGCCAACUUGACCCUUAACUUGACGGGCCAGGAGCUGCAGGAGAAGCGCCUCUACUUCCUCGCCCUCAGGAGUGAGAACGAGGCUGGGGAGAAGAGCGUGCUCUCCAACAUCGCUCGCUUGGUGCCCGAGGGGAGGAUGGUGAACGAGGAGGACGAGGAGGACGUGGAGGGGGAAGGCAACAGUGAACAAGGAGGGGGACCUAACUCACGGCUCAUUUCCUUGGACAACUUAGGGAUGAGGUGGCACGACUAUAUGUUACUGUGUGUGUUUGUGUUCUGCCUUCUCUCGUGUAUGUGUUAGUUAUGUGUUAGUGGUGGUGGUGGUAGUGGUAGAUGAUGAAGAAAAAAAUAAUAAGAAAGAUGAUGUUAAUGACGGUGAUGAUGAUAACGAUGAUGAAGGAGGAGAACAACAACGAGUAGUAGUAGUAGUAGUAGUAAUAGUAGUAGCAACGUUGUGAAAUAGCAUAGUCAUAAUUAAGUACAAAGCUGCGCCAGGGAGUUACGAGCUAAGUAAGAAGAGUCAACAGAGGCCUGGGUGUGGUUCUGGUCACGCCCAUCAAUUCAUUAUCGGGUGAGGCGUCACGCAAGGAUGUAAUCUUUUUAAUGUGAUAGCUGUUUAUAUGUGUCCCACUGUGGCUUUACUCUACCAUGAAGUCUCACAAGGAAAUUUUAAAGUUAAGCCCUUUUUAGUUUCAGGUUAGCUUUACUUUUUCGUUUCUCUCAAGGAAGAUUAGAAUUGGUUUCUUGCAGUUUCAAGGCAGCUCUAGUCUCAUCAUCGUUUCUCAUUAGGAAGAUUAGAGUGAAUUUCUUUUUAGUUUCAGGGCAGCUUUAUUUAUCUAUUUAUUUUGUUUCUCGCAAGGAAGGUUAGAGUUCGUUCCUUUUAGUUUCAAGGUAGCUUGACUAUCAUCGUCUCUCGAAGAUACUCGUAGUCAUUCAUUUCCUUGGUUUCUCGGCAGCGAUAUUUCCUCGCUGCCAGGAGUACGAUGUUUUAUAAGAAUCACAUUUGUGUCAGCACAAAUAAAGGGUUGUACUUGUAUUUCACUCGUAUAUGUUGUAGUUCCCGCUAAACUAAACACUGUGAUAAACCCGC